GAAUGUGGAAAGAACAAUGAUGCAAUGUGUUAAAUGGGAAAUCCCCCACGUGUCCACCAGUUUCCCGCAGUGCUCGACACAUAGCCGCCCGUGGUUGGCCCGCGGCUGGACCAAUCAAAGGACAGCUUUGAUGAUGUGAAAUCGUGAUUUGAGUGGCGGGGGCCACCUUUACCACGGGCCCCACCGCCGGCCAAUCAGCUCCCUAGGGUGCCCUAGGCACGUGGUGCCUCCUUACCCAGCCACCGUGCUUGCCGCUAUUAUCGCCUGAGCAGUACACACACUCAGAGAGAGAGAGAGAGAGAGAGAGAGGGAGGGGAGAGAGAGAGAGAGAGCCCGAGAUCGGAGGUCGUUCUUCGGAUAUGGGAACUUGAGGUUCUUGCCGAGAUCGGAGGGAGCUGACGGCGGAGGAUGGACGGCGCCGGCAGCGUCGGGCGGCGGGGGAUGGACAUGGAUGGGCUUGGGGGUGGUGCAGCAGACAGAUCGAUAAUCAGCCCGAUAAUGCUCAGAUUCAGGCCGAUAGCUCCGAAGCCGGCCAACGGUGAGCCUUUCUCCGGCUCCUUCUCGGCGGAUGGUGCCGGAGCAGCGUUGUCGCGGAGGAGGGUGAAGAGGAGGUACCGCGUUAGGGUUCGGAGUAGGAAAAAUAAUAUCCGCGACGGGAACACCGGAAGAUCCGACGUCGCCGUCGUCAGUGGAGGGACGGGAUCUAGUGCGGCGGGCGGCACCACGACGCUGCAGCUCUUGCCUGGGAGGGAGGAAGAUCAGGAGUCGGCAGGCGGAGGAUCUGAGGGCAAUUAUUGUCAGCAGCUGUACGGAGACCCCGGGGAAGGAGGAGCCCUAACGAUCGGCACAGGCGCGGGGGUGGGAGCGCCGGAUCGGGCGGCGGUGGAGUCGCGGGUGAGGGUGGAGAGCGUGGGGGACGCGUGCAUGGGCGCGGCGGGGGAGGAUGGGAGUUUAGGUAGCACGGGCGCGGAGAUAGUGAGGAGACUGGAGCUGGACAUGUGUCCAGCAUUCGUGACGGACUCCUUGAACAGGGUCCGGUGGCUGAACGCGGCUUACGUGGCUCUGGUGACCGGCGGGGAGGGGGACGGCGGGGAGGGGGUGGACGUGAGGGUGGAGGUGACGGCGAAGGAGGAGCUGCCGUGGUGGAGCGCGGCGUUCACGUGUCAGGUGAGGGUGGAGCACACGUGGCGCCACGGGAGGUACUCAAAGGUGGUGCCCUGCGACGUCUGGAGGUUGGACUGGGGAGGGUUUGCAUGGCGGCUGGACGUGAAGGCUGCUCUCAGCUUAGGGUUUUGAAGGAAAAAACUCAAAAAAAAAAAAGCCAAAAAAUAACCGUCGGAAUCGCCUAGCUCGCCGGCGAAGUAUAAUUCCCGGGGUUCGUCGUAUGCCCUCCGUAUAUAUAACAGGUAUAUAUACGUUAUAAAUUUAUGUACCUAAAAUAAUGUGACUGAUUCUGACUGUCUUAUAACUAGCAAUGCAUGGAUUGAGAAUCGCUAUAUAA